AUACAACACUAGUAUAGAACUCGUUGGCAGAGGAUACUGAUGAUGCCACAGACAUUUGGAGUUUGACAACGCUUUAACCAGUAACACCUUCUACUAUGAAUCGUACUCACCAAGUGAAAUCAAAAGACAGAAGCGAGGACGUUCGAAGUUAUAUUUGAUAAGUUAUCAAUAUAUCGUGGAUCGACUGAUCUAAUCUGGCUAGCGAUUUCAGGGGAUAUUGAGCACGGCGUUCCCAUUCGUGAUCUGGUGCAGAUGGAUGACCGAGCAUCUUCAGCUAGGUGAUUACAAUGAAACUAAUAUUGUCAGCAUCCAAUGUCGAAGACUAACAGAGAUUGUAUGGGGUAGCGCCGAAUUUAUAGGUUGCUCAACUGGAUAUUGUAGUGGUCUAACUGAAGUUAAAUCAGGCAAAAUAAUUGUGUGUUAUUAUUCACCCAUGAGUGAUGUGCAAGCGUCACGGCCAUAUGAAGAGAAUAAAAUUGAUCCUUGUCCUCAUCCUCCUCCAAUAACAACAACAACAAGAAAGCCAAUUACAGUAACUAGAAAAUUACAAAAGGGUCCAUAUGGUCGUUAUCGCUGCAACUGUAAAUGUCAACCUUAAUACUGUAUCUUACAAAAACACUGAGACCCGCUUUGUAUUUUCUAUAUGCGUAAACUCCUGUAAACGACAACUGUUG